AUGUUUUUGGUGAUUUUUCUAACUUUCAUUGUAGUUUAUUUAUUCUAUCAAUUUUAUUGGAAACGAAGAUGUUUCCCUCCUGGACCUUUGCCUUUACCUUUAAUUGGUAAUUUAUAUUUAAUGAAUAAUGAUGUUAAACCAGGUUAUGCACUUUGGAGCAAUUUAAGGUAUUUUAAAAACUUUUUAAAAAAAUUUCUUAAUCUAGAAUGAAUACCUUGAGAUAAUCAUUUUCUAGCAAAAUCUAUGGUCCUGUUUAUACAUUUUGGAUGGCUCAUAUGCCAAUGAUCGUUAUCACAGAUUGGAAAUUAUUGAAACAACAUGUGAUCAAAGAUGGAAAUACAUUUGCUGGUAGACCAUCUUUCCCAAUAAGUGUUGAGAUUAGAAGUGAGCUGCAGUACUCCUAACUUUUUUCUAAUUUUCUCCCUUGUUUUUUCUAGAAGGUUCCUAUCGUGUUGUUGAAUCAUUUGGAGAUCGAUGGGUUCAGCAGCGUCGAUUUGCUUUGCAUAUUUUGCGAGAUUUUGGAUUGGGCAAAAAUUUGAUGGAAGAGAAAAUUAUUGGGGAAAUGAUUUCGAUGAGAGAUCAAAUUCGAGCUAGAAAAAACGAGCCGAUUGAUAUGAUGUAUCUUUUUGAUACCGCAGUCGGAAGUAUUAUUAAUGUUUUUUUGUUUGGUUAUCGAUAUGAUGAGACAAAUAUUGAAGAGUUUCAAAUACUCAAAGAGCGAAUGACAAAACAUUUUAAAAUUGCAGCUGAACCAAUUGGUGGAAUAAUUGGAAUGUAUCCAUGGGCUGGCAAAUUACCAUUUUUGAAAAAACACAAACAAGUGAUUGUUGAUAAUUGGGGUGGAUUGAUGAAAAUGUUCAGAAAACAAGCGGAAGAAAAAAUGAGGACAAUAGAUUAUGAUAAUGAUGAAUAUUCAGAUUAUGUUGAAGCAUUUUUGAAAGAACGAAAGAAACAUGAACAUGAACCUAAUUUUGGAGGAUUUGAAAUGGAACAGUUGGAUAGUGUAUGUUUUGAUCUAUGGGUUGCUGGAAUGGAAACAACAUCGAAUACUUUAUAUUGGGCAUUUUUAUAUGUUAUGUUAAAUCCUGAAGUUAGAGAAAAGAUCUAUGAAGAAUUAGAUCGAGAAAUUGGAUCAGAUCGAAUUAUCACAACAUCAGAUAAAUCAAAUCUAAAUUAUAUAAAUGCUACAAUUAAUGAAUCACAAAGAAUGGCUAAUUUAUUACCAAUGAAUGUUAUUCACCAAUCUACAUCCGAUACAACAAUAAAUGGAUAUUUUAUUCCAAAAGGUACUGGAAUCAUACCUCAAAUCAGUGCCGUCCUGUACGAUGAACAGGUGAGUAAACACUAAACUAGAGUCUACUCUGAUAAGAGAAAAAGUUGAUUUUUAGAUCUUUCCAAAUGCUUCAAAGUUCAACCCAGAUCGUUUUUUGGAAAAUGGUCAACUUUUGAAAAUCGAAGAACUUUGCCCAUUUUCAAUUGGAAAACGGCAAUGUCUUGGAGAAGGUCUCGCAAGAAUGGAGCUAUUCAUAUUUUUUGCGAAUUUGUUCAAUCAAUUUGAUAUAUCCCUAGAUUCUUCAAAUCCGAAUCCUUCAACUCAAAAAGAAUAUGGAGUAACCGUGAAAGCACCAAAUUUCAAAACUAUUAUGAAAUCUCGACAUUAG